AUGGAAGUCCCAACCUGGUUGCAAUGGUACAAGAAGCCAGAGUACCGAGACAUCAAGCAGUACUCGACCGACGUGCGUAAUGGACGCCGCAGCAUAUCCUCUGAUGGCAAGGGCAAGUCCAGUAUCCCGCCUCACCUGAGCCUGGAUAGGGUGCUCGCGAACAAGACUUGCAGUCCCAUGUCUCUCUAUGACUUUUACAUGUACUUGAAGCACAUCGAGUACUCGCCUGAGAACCUCGAGUUCUACGUCUGGUUCAAGAACUACGAGGCAAGAUGGUCGAAGCACAGCCGGCAACAAGACUACGAACCGGUAGAGAAGGACCUUAGCACCGCUAGCACCUAUCAGGCGUCUGAGGGAUACUCCUCCGAGACGGAGCUCGGCCUGAAGAGCGAACCUCUGGAGACCGUCGAGCUGGCAGAGCUUUCAGCGGACCUCGAAACUGGUAUGGUGCCACCUCCUCUCUCAGAUGUGUCGAUGCCCAGACUAACACGACACGCAGCCAGCGAGACGACGACACGGAUUCUCGAGGUCGCUCUGCCCAAGACGGCCUGCACGCCGCUGACAAAACCCAAGCGUACAGCCCGCGACCACCUCCGCGCCCUCACCUCAGCCUGCACCAACGCCUGCGCCCUCCCAACAGACGCGCUCCCGACACUGCCAGGAACACAUCCCUUUGACGCAGCGCCGGAGCUCUCUUCCAUCAUCCAGACGUAUCUCCUGCCGUCGUCGCCCAAGGAGCUCAACAUCCCGCCCGCGCUCCGCGACACGGCCCUCGAGGCGCUCAAGACAUCUCCCGCCCCGGUCCACCUGGCGCCGAUCGCCGGGCACGUCUACGACCUGCUGCGCACGUGCUCGCACCCCAACUUCCUCCGCCUCGGCGUCGCCAACGGCACCCUCGAGACCGUCUGCGUCGCGACCUCGCUCGGCAUCGCCCUCACCUUCGCCGGCCUCCUCUUCACCCUGCUCCGCGCCUUUGUGCCCUUUACAGGUGCCCACACGCGACUCGUCCUCCUCGGAUCCUGGUUCUUCUGGUUCCUCGGCCUGAGCUUCAUCCUGUCGGGCCUGCGCGGCAGCUGCUUCUUCCUGCUGCUCUUUUCGCGCCGCCAGCCCCUGCCAUGGGAGCGCUUCGAUGACAGCGCGUCCAUGUCCUCGGUGCGGUCGGGUGUCGCGCGCGUGCUGGGCCGCCUCAUGAUCUUUGAUCGCAAGCUCCGCGUCGGCGAUGUCAACCUGCGCAGGCUGCAGCGGAAGAUUGUGCUGCAGAGCUUGGCAGGCGGUGCCAUUGGCGGCACGAUCGGCGUCUUGGUGUUUGUGUUCCUGCCGGUCUGGAAGGAGACUGUCAAGCUGUAA